GCCGCCCGGCCAAUGGGAGCGGCGGUUGUUAGCGGGCCGGGAGGUGGCGGCGUUGCCACAGCAGCGGCGGGGCUGGGGCUCGGGCUGCAGCCGGUGGUCGGGGUGCGCCAUGGAGGGGCUGGAAGGUGAGGUUACAGUGCAAACUGGAGAUCUGUUGCCAUGUAGGAUUUGUGGAAGGACUUUCUUUCCAGCAGCACUGAAAAAGCAUGGUCCCAUUUGCCAAAAAACUUCUGCCAAGAAAAGGAAGACAUUCGAUUCCAGCCGACAGAGAGCAGAAGGAACUGACAUUCCCACAGUAAAACCUCUUAAGCCACGGCCAGAACCACCCAAAAAACCUUCCAACUGGAGACGAAAGCACGAGGAAUUUAUAGCAACUAUACGAGCAGCCAAAGGACUUAAUCUUAAAGAUGGUGGAAAACUCCCUCCACCACCUCCGCCAUCAUAUGACCCUGAUUACAUUCAGUGUCCGUAUUGUCAGAGGAGAUUUAAUGAAAAUGCAGCUGACAGACACAUCAAUUUCUGUAAGGAACAAGCAGCACGUAUUACUAAUAAGGGAAAAUUGGCAGCUGAUACCAAAGGGAAGCUUCCUACUCGAACACAGUACAAACCUGCUGCAGUUAAGAAGAUGCCUUCUGUAGGAUCAACACCGUCGUCAUCAUCACGCUUACCACAGCCAAGUGGUGUUAGCAAAACUGUUGUAGGUGCCUCUUCAAGUAAAGCACUAUCUUCAUCUGGAUCCGGUGGGAGCAAAAUUCAAACAUUAUCACCAGCUCAUAAAAACUCAUUGGGAAUGGUGAACCCACAAGCAGGUAGUAAGAUGGACAAGUUAGGCCCACCACUGCGAACUGGAAGAGAUGUGCAAAGGUAUUAUGACACUGAUACAAAAACAGACAGUACCAUCAAAAGACCAAAUGAGUUGUUGCCUGUAAAGAAAGGCGCAACAAAAACACGGACAUCAACCCCUCCUAGUGUGGCAAGAACCAUGAGUACGGGUGCUCUAACAAACAAAAGAAAAACUAGCAAUUCAGACAGUUACUCAAGGUCCGACGGUAAAAUUGGGUAUGACAGUGGAGACUACACAUCCUCAGUCAAUGGAGGAAGUUCAAAAAGCAGCGAAGGAAAUUCACCUGUACAGUUAUCAAAGUUCUGCCAUGAAUGUGGAACAAGGUAUCCAGUGGAAUGGGCAAAGUUUUGCUGUGAGUGUGGAAUUCGAAGAAUGGUUGUGUGAACACAUUCUUAAAAGCAAAAAGAAAAUGAGAAAUUGGAAGCAUCUGCUAUGUACUGCUGCAUGGAAAGCUAGAGCACUCCUUCCAGUUAGACUUCAUGCUGCAAACAUGUUGAAACAUCAUAUUGUAAUUUUCUGAGUGCAAUCUGGUUACAUGGUUAUUUAUAAACAAAUAUAUAUACUGUAUAUAAAAAUAGUAGGUACCUAAAACUGUGCCAUUCAAGGAAAUACUCUUUAAUCUCUGUUGGAAAUAUUUAAAAUUAAGGUAAAAAUGUGUUAAGUAACUUAGGUAGCAGAAGUGGUUCAAUGUUAUUUUUCUUGUAAAUCCUACUAGAUAAAGGAUUAUUUACAUCACUUAUGUAGGAUAAUACCCAUAGGGAACUAGCCAUGAGGAACUUGGGCUUCAAAAGUUUCUCCGUGGAGGCAUUUCUUUCAUAUGUGACAGUAACUUAGAUGCUAUGUUCUAAGUGAAAACAACAGGAGCAACUCCUUGUAAAUUCCUACUUAAAAGUGCAGAAAGUCUGGAUCCCUUUAAACUCUUUAACAGUAAUUUUCUAAUUGGACUUUACAGUUACUUCCUAGGAUUUUUUUAAAGAAUCAAAGUGGAAAAACUACCUGAGAAUUGUGUUCACAUGUAAGAAGAAAAGCAAGAUUUUUGUUUGUGGCUUUCCAUGUUCUGUUUUCUAAUAAGAACCUGUUAAUAUUUUUAUGUAUUUAUAAGGACAAAUACGGUAUCAUCAUUUUAUUAAGUUCCUUUUGUUCAGAAAUACUAGUCUUCCUCCUCCUGUGCUCCACCAUGACUAGCACAUUUUGUGCUUUUUGUCUUUAAAGGUUUCCGAAGGUCCCUCUCCUUUUUUCUCUUCCCUCAUUUCAUGAGAGACAAAGUCUAUGCUUAUCCUACCUAAAUGUUGAGCUUUUAUUUUGAAAACAGCCUUCCUGAUGUAUCCAAUACAAAAAAAAAAAAAAAUUCCAUAAAAAUGUAUGCUAUUAGAGCAGUAGGACUUGAUUAAAGUAGUGACUGUUUUUUAUUCUUGUUCCUGUGCAAAUAGCACAGGUUACAUAUGACCGCAUAAUGGAGUUACUGUGCUCCAUAGGUUUAUGUGUUAAUAUCUUACAUGGUUUUUUGCAAUUUUGUGUGUUCUUGGGCUCUGAACAGCGGGCUCUUGAAGUUAGUAACAGAUUUCACAUUAAUUCGUUGGGAAGAAGGGUCAGGCCCUGGAAGUUGUUGUUGUCUUUUUUUAUAAAUCACACAAGAUAUUAAAACUGUUCACAAGCUGAAUCACCUAACUUGUAUCUGAAUGUAGUAAUUUGUUGUGUGAAGUUUUGCUUUGAAGUACUGGCACCAUCUUAGUUAUGCGUGAAAGACCAAUCUGAAAUAACUUAAUUGUGCCUUUCCCACAAUAAAUACACUCUUUUUGUCAGAAAUUGUUACUUUCAGCUCACAAACACCAUUAGUAUCAAUUAAUAUAGUUUCUUUGUAGCUUAUGCAAAAUAUAAUGUAGUGUUCCAUGAUAGUACUAUGAUCAUUGUUUGCAUUCUCAAAACUUGUGUUUACUAUCAAUGGGGCCAAUUUUGAAGAAAGCAUGAUUGAGGAAAAGCAUCUCCAAAAGCAGGUACCAGUCUUGGAGGAUGAGAGAUUUAAAGAGACUUGAUGUAGUCAUGUUGCAGGCCACAAACUAUUGAUGUUUUAGAAUUAGUUCAAUGGUGUGGAAUUGUCUUACACUUUUUAUACAAAAUUAUUUUUAGACAUUAUCCUUCAUUCAGUGUAGUCUUGUUUUAUUAUAAUUUGCAUAAGCUGGCUACUGAGGAUGGAUGACUGGUAAUGAUAAUUAGAACUGACAAAUCUUAGCCAAAUUAUGUUCUAGGUAGUUUAGGUUCUAGGAUCCAUAUUUUUGGCACAUUCAUAUCUGUACUUGGAAAAAUCGGAAUCCUGCAUCUUUUGCAUACAUAAGCCUGCUUUAGAAAAUUUGCUGUGGACUUGGGCCAUGGAGGUCUGCAGACUGAAUUAUUGCAAGCUGAGUGUCCAUCAGCAAAGAUACAAGUCCAGAAUAGGUUUGAUCAGUUAGCGAAUCUACUGAGGAAUUAAUUCCUUUGACAUGAUGAAUUUCCAGUUCUUGUUUCUGCUGGAAAAAUGCAUUUUACCAUUUAUUGAAAAUGCUUUCUACAAAGGGAAAGUUUAGUAAGGAAAUAAAUACCUUCUAGGUUUUCCAGGAUUGCUGUAACUGUAGAAAAAACAUUGUUUCUCCUUCGAAAUGUAGGUGGCAGGUUUUCUAGUUUCAGAUCAAUCCACAUACAAUUACCGUAAUUUCUGCUUUUUGAGCUGUUUGUGUAACUCUUUGCUUCCAAUGCAGCAUUUAGUAAAUUACUCAAGUGACACAUCAUUUACUUCAUUUACACUUCUAUGAUUUAUAGCAAGGACUAGACAGGGGAUUAACCUGAACUGAAAGAAGAAUUUUUAAAAGAUUUCCUGAACUUUUAAUUUGGCCUUACAAGAAGAUCUAGUGAAACAUAAAUGACUGUUGAUAGUAACAUUGGAUAAUGUGUAUGUGUUUUGAAUCUACAAUAAAUAUAAACAGACAAUGAAAAUAUAAUUGACUAUGCAGUUUACUACAGCAUAGUGAGACUGUCAGAGGCCUAGUAUAUUUCCACUUUAUCAGCUGUUACUGAAUGACAUGGGUUUCUAAAGUCUCUGAUGUUACAGACCAUAGAUGGUAUUACACAAAUUAUCAGCACAGAUUGCUGUAAUUCCAUCUCAAUGGAAUGUUUGUUAGGAAAUAGAUUUGUUUUCAUAAUGCCUCUGCAGAACUGAAUAUGGGAAACAAAUUUGUUAUAUUUAAAGAAAAAAGAAACUGUUAAGGGAGAUGGAGUCUGAAUUUUGAAUCUUUAGGUAUAUUAGAUGUGUCAGGAAGUUCCCAAAUUUAAUUUAUUAAUCACCUACAUCCAAACCCACUUGCCCUAACCCUCCCCCCUGCCUUUAUGCCUUGGUUUUCAUGGGAGGAAAAAACAUGGGUACAUAUACUGAAAAGAGUGUUCCAAAAUGUCUUAAGAAUCAAAAUAUUGGUAAUUGUGAAGAUAAACCCCCUAGAUGAACUAUGCACUGCUGAUCUACUUCACUGAUGAGUCUAAACUUAGCUAGUGUCAUUGUCUGGAUGCCUUGUUGACAGAUAUUUAACUUGAACUCUAAGGAAUUUAGGCUUUUAUGUGUAAAACGAGGAUGAUAUGAUUACUCUGUUUUGCAUCUGUCUUUCCAGUUCUCUGUGUGUGUGUAAAUAUAUAUAUGUAUAGGGUGUGCGUGUGAGCGCACGCGUGUAUUUUGUGAGAACUCGUAAGUUAUACAAAUGUAAAAAAUGGUUUUGCUAAAGCAGAGUUGAUACAAAACAGGACUGAAUGCUACUGGAGGAUUGUGAAUCCUGAGACAGUAGACUAUUGCAGUUUCUGUCCAUCUAAAGUGAAAUUUAUUGAUGUGAUUGUUUUAAUGAUUUCUAUACCAAUGUCUGACCCUCUGACAGACUUUCGUUUACUGUCUGCCACUAGAUCUUCCUAAUGUGCUUACUGAGGUUCUUCCAUUCAAUUAGAAAAGGCAGAAAAAAGUCAAAGGUAAAAUUUCAUAUAAAGAAACAAGAAGGCUGGUUUUGAGGUCUGGCCUGAGGGUGUUUGCAUUCCCGUUCUGCUUUUGUGAAAAUCUGUUACACAAGGGAUACCUCUGUGCCAGAAGGGAGUGCAAGAUCAUUGGAACUAUACUGGUAAAAGUGCAGUGGAGUUACGAAAAAAAACCAGCUUCAGUAGUAAAACCAACAUAGCAUAAGGCUUAAUCUUUAUAUGAUGUAUCUUACACAGGUUUAUAUUUAUGCAUGGUACUCACAUCCUAGGUAGGUUCAGAACUGGAAUCUCUAAAUACACAGUAACUUAAGUAGAUGGUUGUAUGGAUAAUUAUACCCUCAGUCUUACACACCGCUCCAGAGAAGUGGGCAUGGGGAGGUGCUUCACCACCGUUUCAGCUUGUACCUAUGAAGUGAACGUUUAGGCAGAAAUUUUCAAAUUUGCCAAAGACACUCGAAGAGCCAUUAAAUUCCCCUGAGUGGAUUUGAAAGGCUCAACCUUGGCUGGGAAGCAGGCGGUGGCACGUGGGGAGCUCUCCAUGGUGCUCUGGGUGCAGAACCUGUUCUUGCAGUGCCGCAGGCAGCAGCUGCUCAGGCUCUUCCACGAGUGCCGCAGGUAGCGAGGUUCGCAGGCUAGUAACUCCAAAAUGUAUUUUAAGACCUGACCCAGUCUUCAAGUGUCAUGGAAGUUCUCUGUCAUCUGAGAGAGACUAGCUCCUAAUUCACCAUUGCAACUGAGAGUUAGUGCCUGAAAUGCAGUGUGCAAAGAGAACCGUUUCGUGACGCACGCUUAUCAAAUCAGUGGAAGGAGGUAUGACUGCAGUAGUUUAAAUGCUAAUAAACAAGGCAUGUAGCAGUGCUGAUGUAGGCUAUGUAAUUAGUCUGAGUAUAAAAUGAAAUGGUAUUGUCUAUGUUAUUGCAAGGUUCUCAAGAAGUGCUAGUUUCCAUCACAUAGGCUUUGUAUACAUGUAAAGAACAAACUUGUCACAAGCUUUUUUUUUUAAUGUUGGCACUUUUGCAACUUUAAUUCUUUUCAGUUUGAUUAAGCUAUGAAUAAUUAUAUGGGUUGUAUGGCAGGGUAGAAUUUUCAUCUUUGGUGAAAUUGGUUUUGGUGACUCUGAAAAUAGUUUUAUUGUCUUUCAAGUACAGCUCAUUCCAACUUGUGAUGGUUUUGUUGCUGGUUGGUUUGGUUUGGUUGGUUGGUUUUUUUUCAACCCACUGAGUAAGGUUUGAGUUAACCUAAUUGCGGUGGUGGAAGAAAUGUUAGGUAAAAGAUUCUCUAGCUGUAUUCAGCGGUUAACUUGGUUGAUAUUUUCUUUCCAGUAUUCACAAUAGAAGAGAUUACUCUUGCGUACUAGUUUAGUGGGGGUUUGUUUUUGUUAUGUCAUUCCAGAAUACACAUUUCUGGAGGAUCCUACUUAGCUCCAUUCCAUUUCAUGUUGCGAGAAAAAAGCUUUUUCAGAUUUUCUCUUAAUUAGUGUUUCUUCUCUACAAAAAUAAUCAAUAGCAAAAAUGUAUUUCUCCAAUGUGAACAUUAGCUUUUGAGUCAGCAAAUCAAAUAUUCAGUUUAAUAUUGCUGAGUAUUGAACUUAAGUUCUUAAUAGUCGUGCGUGGUUUACCAUAGUUCUGUAUUUGUAUUUGGAUUUCCGGCAGAAGCAUGAAUGGAUUUGGGUCCUAUCUGUAAAGUGCUGAGUAUUCUAGACUGUUACAAUACCUACUUUAUACGAUUGCUCCAACUCUUGGUGUUCAUCCUUCAUAUGAUACUUAGUAUGUAUCUUCCUAAGUUUAUUUAUUAAUGUUCCAUGUUUUUAAAUGAAGUGUUCAUUCCUGUGUUUGAGGUGAUUAAUUUUGUCAGCAUUGCAUUUAUUAUGUUUGCCUUGGCCCUCAGUACAUUGAAUAUUUGUGUUUGUGACCAUCCAGUGGUUUUUUUCAGAAUUCCUGGGUUGGUUUGCAUCUUAUUUGGUAUAUUAUGUUUAUUUUAAAGUGUCAGUUCUGUUUUAAUUAAUAAAUGUAAAUCACCACCUGAUGCUAAUUUGCCACUUGUUAACAAUAAAGCAAAUAUGCCAAUAAAACUU